CCAAAAUGUACGACAGGUCUAAUCAGAUCCUGGUCGUGUGUGUUGUGUUCUUCAUUCUUUCUUGGAUUUCUGUAGGACUACGCGUAUACGUAAAGUGGGUCAAAUUCGGCUGGGAUGAUGGAGCCAUGCUUGCGACUUUGCUUCUCUUUACGGCUUACUUAAUAUGCCAACUCGGCAGUCUCGCACAUGGUAACGGGAGACAUCGUGCAACCAUGACUGAUGCAACAGCCCAGAUUGGAUUGAUGCUGUUCUACACCUUGGCGACAUCGAUGUUGAAGAUCUCUAUCGGACUCUUCUUUCUACGAAUCGCCAACAACAAGUGGCAUAUCUGGAUCAUCAAGACAAUCAUGUACUGUAGCGCCGUGCUCGGUCUCACAUACUUCGGCAUCGUCCUGUUCCAGUGCCACCCAAUCUCCUUCUGGUGGGACCUCAACCCCGAUCACCAUGGACAUUGUUUGAGCGCUUCGGUGUAUUCUGUUGCGGGUUAUGUGGUCUCAGCCUUGAACUCGGUGGCAGACUGGGUCUUUGGUCUGCUACCGAUCUUCAUCGUCAAAGACUUGCAGAUGCAGCGUCACCAAAAAGCGGUCGUGGCGAUCAUUCUCGGUUUUGCUGCGGUCGGAAGUUCUGCGACCAUCAUUCGUCUACCUUACGUCUGGACUUUGGAACAUUACAAGGGCGAGUUUCUCUGGCGCACUGCCGAUGUGGCAAUCUGGACUACUGUCGAGGUUGGAAUCGGCAUCACUGCUGGCAACUUGGGAACUCUGAGACCACUGAUGCAGCGUGUCAUGACUUUCAUGGGCAUCACAAGCUCUUCAGGACCCGGCUCGAAGACCUGGACCAAGCGCAACAAAAACGGAGCUCACGCCUACAUGAACAGCGGAGCAACGCCACUAGAAGAUUUCACAAAAGGAGGAGUCAAAACGACUGUCACAAUCCGCGGAGGCGCUUCUAGUAGUGAUGACACAAAAUGGNGAGGACUCUCCAGGACCGACAGCGAGGAAGAGUUCGUACCUGGCGCGAACAAACUGCACGAUGGAGGCAUCCUACACAGUGUUCAGAUCGACACACAAUACGAGGAGACACUACAUGAUGAUAGGUCUAGUGGUAACGCCUCACAACGCGCGAUACAAGCAUACGAGAGGGUG